ACAAAAAAAACGUGAACUGUCAAAAAUCUUAUUUUGUUUUCGUGAAAAAUAGGAAACAUUGUUAUUAUAAGAAAAAAACAAUUUACCAUCGAAUAAAUGACGAAAGUAGCAGAUAACGUUAAUCCAAAUGUAUACGAGAAGGAAUCAGAACGGGAAAUAACAUCAGCAGAUCACGAUGAAGAGAUAACAGACGAGUUUGACGAAAGAGAAAUUUUCGAUUUAAUUCGGAAUAUCAAUGACCCAGAACAUCCUUUAACGUUGGAGGAACUACGGGUUGUGGAGGAAAAGAAUAUAUCAAUAGAUAAUAAGAAAAAUGAAGUGCUUGUUUAUUUUACUCCUACGAUACCACAUUGCAGUAUGGCUACUUUGAUUGGUCUAUCCAUCAGAGUACAAUUACUCCGAGCAUUGCCAAGUCGUUUCAAAGUAACUGUGGAAGUAUCAGAAGGUACCCAUGUCUCUGAACAUGCGGUGAAUAAGCAACUGGCUGAUAAAGAAAGAGUCGCAGCCGCGUUAGAGAAUAAUAAUCUUGUGCAGAUUAUAAAUCAAUGUGUUGCAGCUGGUGCAUAGAUAAAAUAAAA